UUGACGUUUCAUUAAAGUUUAGUCCAAAUAUAGUAAAGAUUGACAUUCUUGAUUCUCAAAUGGGUUUUGGCCAAGAACCCUAAAUUACCGCGGAUUUAAACAGUACCGUCGAUUCUAGACAAUAUGGGCCGUUCGAUCCGGCCGCUCUCGUUUUAUGCGUUUGCUCCUCUCUUCCCUGCGUGACUCCCUAACCGAUCUCUUGCGCCCCAAUGCGAUCCCCACCUCCGCCGCCUACGCCGCCGCGCUCCGCCAAUGCGCCGAUCUGGGCGCGCUCCAAGAGGGCCGCCGGAUCCACGCCCACAUCGCCAGCCACGGCCUCGACCGCGACACGUUCCUGGGCAACACCCUCGUCCAGAUGUACGGCGCCUGCUCCUCCGCCCGGGACGCCCUCCAGGCGCUGGAGAGAAUCCGCGAGAGGAACGUCUACUCGUGGACCAUCAUGGUCAAGGCUUAUGCCCAGUCGGGGCAUCUGGAGGACGCGCGGCGUACCUUCGACCAGAUGCCUGCAUGGAACGCGGUUACGUGGAACACGCUGCUGGCGGGGCUCCUUCACCACCGCCGGAUCGACCUCGCCAACUUUGCCUUCGAGAAAAUGCCCGAACGCGACAUGUUUGCGUGGAACUUGAUGCUCGCAGCAUAUGCCCAAAACGGGCACAUGCUGAAAGCCAGAGCGAUGUUUGAUUCUAUUCCCAGUCCGGGGAUCAUCUCUUGGAACAUCAUGAUCCAGGUGUACGGAAAGGAGGGGUUGACAGAACAAGCACUGAAAAUCUUCCACUCCAUGCUUCACAGAGAUACCUACUCGUGGAACUCGCUCGUCGCGGCAUUUGCCCAAAAGGGGGACCUGGAGCGCGCGAGGGUGGUGUUCGAUCGGAUGCCCGAGCAGAGCGUCGUGACGUGGACGGUCAUGGUGUCCGGCUACGCGCAGCACGGCUGCCUGGACGAGGCGGCGGCGCUCUUCGAAUCCAUGCCCAACAAGGACGCCCCGACGUCCUCCUGGGCGUGGAACGCGCUCAUCGCCGGAUUCGGCGAGCUGGGCGACCUCCAAUCCGCGCGCCGCCUCUUCGAAGCCAUGCCCGUCCGCGACAUCGCCUCCUGGAACUCGAUCAUCACGGGCUACGCCGAGAACGGCUGCCUGGACGACGCCAAGAGCCUGUUUGACGCCGCCGAGGAGCAAAACAUCGUGUCGUGGAACUCGAUGAUCCGGGCCUACUCGCGCAACGCCGAGGUCGAGCGGGCGCGCGGGGUCUUCGAUCGGAUGCCCGGCCGCGACACGGUCUCCUGGAACGUCAUGAUCGCGGCGUACCUCCAGCACGGGAGCUUGGAUCCCGCGAAGGAUCUCUUUGAUCUUUCCCCGCAGAGAGACACGGUGACCGAGACCGCGAUGGUGUAUGGAUAUGCCCAGGCCGGGCAUCUGGCUGUAUCAAGCGCCAUCUUCGAGUCCAUGAAGGAGAAGGAUUCGGUCGCGUGGAAUGUGAUGAUCGUGGCGUAUGCGCAGAAUGGUUUUCUAGCGGAGGCAGCGGAGGUUUUCGACCGAGCGCCGCGGCGAGACGUUGCGUGCUGGAACUCGAUGAUCACCGCAAAUGCCAAGAAUGGGGAUCUGGAGCGCGCCAUUGCGAUGUUUGAGAGGAUCCCCAGCCGCGACUGCGCGUCGUGGGCGGUGAUGAUCUCCGGGCUGGGGCAGUCGGGCCUCUCCCGCGACGCGCGGCGCGUCUUCUCGUCGCUGGAUCUCGAGGGCUGGCGGCCGGACGAGGCCGUGAUGGCGGGGAUGAUCGAGUCGUGCUGCGACGCCGCUGGGAUCGCAAGCGCCCGCGAGUGCGCGGCGGAGCUGGGGCUGGAGUCCCGGCCCGCCAUCGCGAUCGCGCUCGUCAACGCCUACGCCAAGAGCGGCUUCCUGGAGACGGCGGCGGCGGUGUUCUUCCACGGCAUCACCGCGGCUCGCGACGUGGUGGCGUGGACGACCAUGAUCACCGCCACCGCCCAGGCGGGCCACGGCGGCGCCGCUCGCGAGCUCUUCCAGUCCAUGCAGCUCCACGGGAUCAAGCCCAACAGCGUUACCUAUCUCAACAUCCUGUGCGCUUGCAGCUACGCGGGGCUCGUGAUCGAUGCCUGCUGCUACUUGCGAUCCUCCAUCGGGGACUACUGGAUCGCGCCCAAGAUGGAUCACUUCGUGUGCCUGGUAGACAUUCUAGGGCGCGCGGGGAUGAUCGCCGAGGCGGAGGAGGCGCUGCGCGGCAUGCCCUACGAGGCCGACUCCAUCGCCUGGUUGACGAUGCUGGCGGCGUGCAAGAACCACGGCGAAUCGCGGCGGGGGACGGCAGCCGCGGCGGCGAUCCACGAGCUGGAGCCCGGCGCCGCGGCGCUCUAUCUCCUUUCAAGCAAUAUGAGCGUGGAGGAAGCCCACGAGAUUUAGGGUUAGGGCUCUUGGCCAUGGCCGGG